GCCCCGCGGAGCUCUGCGGGCUGCGGCCACCCGAGGUGGGAACCCAUCGGGACCGGAGGCGGUGCGGGGAGACGGGGAGCCGUCGGGGGACGGGGAGCUCCGGGAUUGCAGCUCCCGGGCACAGCGAGGGCUCUGCUAUGAUCACAGCCAGCGUGCCACCUGCCCGGCAGCAGCAUGGGCAGUGUCAGUAGUCUCAUCUCUGGCCACAGCUUUCACAGCAAACACUGCCGUGCCUCUCAGUACAAGCUCCGUAAGUCAUCCCAUCUGAAGAAGCUCAACAGGUACUCAGACGGGCUGCUCCGCUUCGGCUUCUCCCAGGAAUCCGGCCACAAAUCGGGCUCCAAAAGCAGCAAGAAUGAGGACUUCUUUUAUAUCAAAGUCAGCCAGAAGACACCUGGCCCCCACCGCACGGACUACACCGCGCUGGGCAGCUCGGAGCUGGGCCAGGCUGGGAGCAGCGGGGUGGACUUCGGGACACCCACACCGCAGAAGCUGAUGCCUUUCCCCAGCCAGCUGGAAGUGGGUGUGGAGAAACCCACGGCACGACCCACCGCCUUCAAGCCAGUACUGCCCCGCUCCAGUGCCGUCCUCCAUUCAACCCCAGAGAAUGGAGCUCACCUCCCCACACAGCUUCACCCCCUGGACAAAGGCAAGGAGCAGGAGCUGAAGCCGGCGCUGUGCUCAGGAGGGCUGUCUGACUCAGGCAGGAACUCCAUGUCCAGCCUGCCAACCCACAGCACCAGCAGCAGCUAUCAGCUGGACCCCAUCGUCACCCCCGUGGGGCCCAUCAGCCGCUUUGGGGGCUCUGCACACAACAUCAUGCAGUGUGCCAUCAUCCAGGACAGCAACAUGAUGAGCCUCAAGGCCAUGUCCUUCUCCGACGGUGGCAACAAGAUCCUCAACCCCAGCAAAGCCCCCCAGCACCGCGCCGCCGAGAAGACCGCGUGCAUCCGCUCACCCAUCUCUACAGAUGAGUCCACCAUCCAGGAGCUGGAGCAGAAGCUGCUGGAAAGGGAGGGAGAGCUGCAGGAGUUACAGCUGAGCUUCGAGGAGAAGGAAGCCAGCUCCUGCCAGGUGUAUGAGGAGAAGCAGCGGCGCUGCAAGGAAGAGCUGGAGGGGCUCAAGCAGAAGUGCAACAGCAAGCUGAAGCAGAGCUCGCAGAAAACCCAGCGCACACAGCAGGUCCUCCAGCUCCAGGUGUUCCAGCUGCAACAGGAGAAGCAGCAGCUGCGGGAGGAGCUGGAGAACCUCAUGAAGGAGCAAAAUUUGCUGGAGACCAAGCUGAGGUCCUAUGAGAAGGAGAAGACCAGCUUUGCACCAGCGCUGGAAGAGACCCAAUGGGAGGUGUGCCAGAAGUCGGGGGAAAUCUCCCUGCUGAAGCAGCAGCUGAAGGAGUCCCAGACCGAGCUCACCACCAAGACCACUGAGAUCCUCAGCCUGAAGGCACAGCUGAAGGACGUGAGGGCCAAGAUGGAAGGGCUGGAGAUGAAGACCCAGGACCUGGAGGGCUCCCUGCGCACCAAAGCCAUGGAGCUGGAGGUGUGUGAGAACGAGCUGCAGCGCAAGAAGAACGAGUCUGAGCUGCUGAGGGAGAAGGUCAACCUGUUGGAGCAGGAGAUAGUGGAGCUGCGGGCAGAGAUGGCCAUGCUCCGGGCACAGCUGAGCGAUGCCACCCGGCCCAGUGAGGUGCAGGCAUUGCAAGGUGAGGUGGAGAGGCUGCGGGCUGAGCUGCAAGCUGAACGGGACAGCAACGAGCAGAUGAGCUCCAGCUUCCAGCAGGAACGGCAGACGUGGAGGGAGGAAAAGGAGAAGGUGAUCCACUAUCAGAAGCAGUUACAGCAGAGCUACCUGCACAUGUACAAGAGGAACCAGAACCUGGAGAAGAUGCUGCAGCAGCUUGCAGCAGGGGAGGAUGGCAAGGAGCCCAUUGAGCUGGACAUCCCCGGCGCUGACGUGCCCUACGAGGACAUCAUAGCCACUGAGAUCUGACCCCACUCCUCUUCCCUGUACUGUUUGAUGAGCCAUGUAUUUAUUUAGAGGAGCCAGCGUCCGGCCAGCUCCUCACUGCUGCCUGUUGUGUUCGAGGCCAACAAGCCACUCGUGCCAAUGGUGAUGUCCUGCAGCCCCCCCCCUCCCCCCCGACCCUUGUAGGACUGGCAAUGAGGGCAAACAGGGAAUGGGACUUGGGCAAAUGCUCGGUAGUGGGAUGAUGCCCUUGGCCCCAGUUCCCUGCUGCAGCCUGGACAGGGUAUAGAGCUGCUCUCCCCCGUUAUUUAUGGACCCCACAUGUCCCACUCCAGCCCUCCAGCUCCUGCAGUGCCUCGGGGAGGACCCUGCACACAUGCACUACUUCACAUCCAUGGGAGCAACCCUCAGUGCGCAGGGAUGGUGCCUUCCAGCUCCAGGGAGCAGAGGUUGGGAUGACCCAGACAUUAGGAGGGGAUAUCUAUUUUAUACAGAAAAUCCAGAGUUAACGCUUCCUGCCUCCUCCCUGCCUUUUUAGAAUCACAGCAACCAAAAAUGCUUUUUUUUUUCCCUGUUCUCCCAUCACAGCAGUCACACAGUCCCAGGCUGAGCCCCCACCCCAUUACCACCACUCACUGCUGGCCAUACAUCCUUCCUCCCACCACCGUGAGCAGGACAAGCUCCUCCCUGCCACGAAGCACGGGGGCAUUCCUAGCACAACCCAACACCCCUCGCCCAUAGAUGUGACCCACAGAAACCAGUCUGUGCCUUCUGCACUGCUCAGCAACCACCACAUCCCCACCGAGCCCACGGCUGAGCCCCAAGUUUGCAGAUCAGGGACCCACACUCGAGCCAGAGCCCCUCUCCCAUGGGCUCCCCACCACAGGAGCAGAGCUCAGCCCCCCCCCCAGCCCCACUCCUGCCCUCACCAUCCCAACCCCUCAUCCCCAGCAGUCAAUGCUGUGUGAUGUGAUCGCCCAGAGGUGCCCACUGCUGCCUUUGCACAACGCUGUGUGUGACCGUGCGCAUUGCAGGUGUGUGAGAUGUGUGAGCUGGCAGCCGGCCGGCCACAGCCUGUACAGAUAAUUAUUAUUUUUUCUGCAGGUUUUUGUUUGUUUGUUUUAUUUGUUGGUUCUUUUUUGAUGUUAUUUCCGGUGACUGAUGUAAACUACUGG